GGUGUCCAGGGCAUUCCAUGAAAUAUCUCACCUUCGGCCAAUUAGAAACGGGAGGCGUUUUGUUGAGCCGCGUAUGAGCCAAUGACGGCGCAGUGCCGGGAAAUACAGCAGUAAAACGGUGCUGAGCAACGAUUGCAGGGUGUGAAGCUGGCAAAUGUGUGCGCGCGCAUGAGAGCAUCACCGCAUCUGUCCCGAUCCGAGCUAUUGUGUGCGGGUGCGCGUGAGCGCGCAGAAGAAGACAGCUGUACGUCUGUCCAGACAUUACCAACAAAGCCAGAAGAGGAUAAGCCAAAGUCCUGAUUAUUGUCACUUUUAUUCCCCGAGUGCCCUGCGAAGUUUGGUUCAUCUGCACCCCUCCCCUCCCUUCUCCUCCCACCACCAGCAUUCUCCUCUUGGUGCAGUACAUCUCCGCGGAGGAUACGCACGGUACAAAGGGUUUGUGAGCUGCCAAGCGGGAGAACAUGAAGUGGAACCUCUUUAAAAAGAAACCAGAGGCCAUGGUGGGGCCGGAGCCCACGGGAUUGGGCGGCACCCACCCGUCACAUACCAUGACGCCCGCUCCAGUCGUCUCCACGCUGGCGGACAACUCGACCGAGUCUGAAGGACCCAGCAAACACGAUAUGUUUGAAGAAAUCAAAAGCAAGUUCCUCAAUGAGAUCGAUAAAAUCCCAUUGCCUCCUUGGGCGCUCAUCGCCAUCGCCGUGGUAGCCGCCCUCCUCAUCCUCACCUGCUGCUUCUGCAUCAUUAAGAAAUGUUGCUGUAAGAAGAAGAAGAACAAGAAGGGCAAAAAAGGCAAAGAUGGAUUCAACAUGAAGAACAUGCAGGGUGGAGAUAAACUACAGGACGAUGAUGAUGAGGAGGGUGAGAUGGGAUUGACGGAGGAGGAGAAGGAAGAAGAGGAGAAAGAACAGGAGAAACUGGGAAAACUCCAGUACUCUUUAGACUACGACUUCCAGGACAAUAAGCUGACAGUCGGAAUCUUGCAGUGUGCUGACCUGAUCUCCAUGGACUCUGGGGGAACGUCUGACCCAUAUGUUAAAGUCUUUAUUCUGCCAGAUAAGAAGAAGAAAUUUGACACCAAAGUGCACAAAAAGACCCUCAAUCCAGUGUUCAAUGAAAGCUUUGUCUUCAAGAUCCCAUACCAGGAGCUGGGUGGGAAGACUCUGGUCAUGUCUGUGUAUGACUACGACCGUUUCUCAAAGCAUGACAUCAUCGGUGAGAUCAAACUACCCAUGAACACAGUCGAUCUGGGUCAGCCGAUCGAAGAGUGGAGAGAUCUGGAUAGUGCUGAAAAAGAGGAGCCUGAGAAACUUGGCGACAUCUGCAUCUCUCUGCGUUAUGUUCCUACUGCUGGAAAACUCACCGUCUGCAUCCUGGAGGCGAAGAACCUGAAGAAGAUGGAUGUGGGUGGUUUGUCUGACCCAUAUGUGAAGAUCCAGCUAUUGCAAAACGGCAAGCGCCUGAAGAAGAAGAAGACCACGGUGAAGAAGAAUACUUUGAAUCCGUAUUACAAUGAGUCCUUCAGCUUUGAGAUCCCACUGGAGCAGAUGCAGAAAAUCAUCGUAGCGGUGACCGUCUUUGACUACGAUAAGAUCGGCAAGAAUGACGCCAUCGGAAAGAUCUUCAUCGGAAGUAAAGCCGCAGGCACAGCUCUGAAGCAUUGGUCCGAUAUGCUGGCGAACCCGCGCCGACCCAUUGCUCAGUGGCACCCGCUUCAACCCGAGGAAGAUAUCGAUGGUGCUCUCGCUGCUCUUUGGGCUAAGAAGUAACUUCUCACAUCUCGGCCCGACUAACCAACUAACUAACCAACCCUCCGCUGCAUGACACCCCACACCCAUCUGUACGCGCUCUUCCAGUUCAUUUCACGUAAUCGCCAACAGACACUUGAUGUUCUGAAGAAUAUACUUGAAAAAAUGAACAAUAUCACAUUUUUUGCCACUUAGCGUAAACCGAGGCGGGAAAAACUGGCAAAUAUGACACGCAAAACAUUGGUCUGGAGAAACAUUUUCAAAUGAUGUGCGGCUAAACAACAGAGGCAAUAGAUGUUACAAUCUGCAUUUUUUUUUUUUAUAUAUCACAUCAUUAAUUUUUCACAGUUUUGCCAAAUCAAUGAAGCAUUAAGAAUAGUCCAAAUAAAAAAUGAAAUAAAAAAGGUCGAAACUUUGGAUUUAGUAACGCACACUUAAAAUGCUGGGUCAAAAAGGGAAGAACCACCCAAAGUUCUGAGUUGGUUUAACCAAUUGUUGGGUAAAAAAUCUACAUUUUCUGGGUUACUUUAACUCAACAGUUUGGGUUUGUCCCUUUUAAACCCAACGCUGGGUUAAAAAUAACCAGGCAUAUUUUUUAGGGUGCACUAAAAUUUUGGUUAAAAAAUGUGUAGUUCAGCUCAUGAACAGGACAGCGAGUUGGUAUUUUGUGCCUAAAAAAGUACAAACAAUCCUGAGUUUGUUACAUAUAUAUCUAAGUGAUUUUCAGAUGCACAAUUAUUAAGGAUCACAGUUAAAAUUAAGUCACACUAAGUAGUGCAGGACAUUGUUUACAUUGUCAAAAAUAUUAGGCUGCUGCGUUUGUCUUAAAUAAAAAAGACUUUUAGUCUUGGUAAAACCUGACACUACAUUUACAUGGCCAAAAGAAACAAAAUUUAGAUCUAUGAUCUAUGAUUGUAAUAGAUUGUGGCAAUAUACAUUACAUGUUAAAUGAAUAAAGCAUGGUUUACACAUACUGUAGUCUGUGUAAAGACAUAUAGAUAUAAACACAUUUACUGUCAUUUUAAAGUUACAGCAUCAAAUCUUUUACUUUCAUAACCACGAGCCCAUUGGGCAAACGUUGAUCCACAUCCUGACUGAAGCUGGCUGUGAAUGUACAGUGAGAUCCUACCAAAUCUCAAACCUGUGUUUCCAUCAUCUCUGUGCACUUCACACACUUCGAGUUUCUGGUUUACAUCACUGCCUUGUUUGUUCGGAGCGAAACUUAACCGAGUUCAAGUCUCUGUGAUGCCAAAGUAUUAACUCCAGUGAGAUGGUAAGAGGCCGGGUUCACCUGCACUUCAUCGAGUUACACAUCUACAAAAAAGCAAUCGUCCGCGCAGUCAGCACAUACGACUACACCCCAAACUAUGCGUGUGUAUAUAUGCAUUGAUCAAAGUUGUUUCUACAGCAUGUGUCUAUAAAUCGAUGUACAUAGAAGCAUGUUUUAAAGAUAGAGCAUAAUUAUAUUGUGUGUGUGACAUUUGUCAUUUUGAUAAUAAAAUGUAGAAGAAAAAAUGCACUGAAUGCACAUUUUAUGAAAUUUCCCAGAAGGGGUAUAAGAUAUAAAGAAAUAUAUUCAUAGGGUUUUUCAGAAUACUUUUAAAUUUGCAACAGGGAGUUAUAGGAGCUGUGUGUUAGACUUACGCUCGUGGUGUCCUUUUGAAUUUUGAUUUUCUUUCUAGUGUCCUGUCAGCGUGUAUUUGUUAUGUGUUAUGGUUAUUUAAAAAUUCAGAGGAAAUAUCUGUUCAGGUUGUGCAUUGUCAAGAAUGUCUGAAAACAUUCAGAUCAAAAUCAAAAGAAAUAAAGAAAAUGAAGCCUAUUAUAAGAUUAAGAUGCUCAUUUUUUUCACCAUGUCAACUUGUUACCAUACCAUGGAUGUUUUACUUUAUUUUCAAAACUCACAGAUUGUCAUCUGAUCUUUUAUUGUAAUUGUAAAUGACUUUUAAUCAACAUAAAAACCAUGUAAAUAGAAUAUAAUAUAAAUACUUUACUAUUUAAAUAAAGUAUCGCUUUGGUUGUUGUUUGCAUAGCAAUAAUACGAUUUUUUAUUUAUUUUGGGGGUAUAUGUGCUUAAUUCUUAAAUCUUUGUGGUCCAAAACUGUGGUCUAGUUUCCAUCAAGCAUAUGUGAUCUCUUAUUUCUUUUGAUUUUGAGGUGAAAUAUAAACCUGAUGGGUUCUGUGAUGAAUGUACCGGGUGCAAAUCUCAUCCAAAAACAGAAGCCAUAUGUGUGACACAAAGAUUUCACUACAGCACCUCAACAGAAGUCAAUAAUAUUUUAUAUGCAUUUUAGCCAAAAGUGUUUGAGAGUAAAACCUACGCUCUUAAAAACAAAGGUGCUUCAAAGGUUCUUCACAGUGAUGUCAUAGAAGAACCAUUUUUACUUAAAGGGAUAGUUCACCCAAAAUGAAAAAUAUGUCAUCAUUUACUCAGCAUCAUGUUUUAAACCUUUGAGUUUUUUAUUUUAUUUUGAUGAACAUAAAAUAAGAUAUUUUGAUAAAUGAUGGUAAGCACACAGUUAAUGGUACCCAUUGAAUUUCAUUUGUUUUGUAAUGGUUACAAUCAGCUGUAGUACCGAGCACCUAAGGUGACAUUGGAGUAAAAAAAUCUAAAGUUUAGUUUCAUGUGCUCAUGCGAAACCUUCAUGUGCAGAAUUUUUUUUUAAAGUUUAGUUUCGCGUGCGCACGUGAAAGUAUCGCGUGCACACGUGAAACUUUCGUGUGCGUACAUGAAACUUUUGGUUUCACGCGUGCACGCGAUAGUUUCACGUGCGCGCGAUUGUUUAACGUGCGCUCGAAACUUUCACAUGCGGGUGCGAGUUUGCAAUGUGCAAUAGUUUCACGUGUGCACGCGAUAGUUUCACAUACUUUCAACUUUAUUUUAUUUUUUUUCCAUGUCCCCUUAGGGGCUCCGUAGCUGUGUGCUUAUCAUCAUUUAUCAAAAUAUCUUUUUUGUGUUCAUCAGAAAAAAAAAUUCAUACAGGUUUAUAACAACAUGAGGAGGAGAAAAUCAUGACAGAAUUUCAUUUUUUGGUGAACUAUCCCUUUAAUGUUCCUAUAAUAUAAAGAACUCUACAAAGAACCUUUUGUGAAACAGAAAGGUUCUUCAGAUGUUAAAGGUUCUUCAUAAAACUAUUCAGCCAAAAAUGUUUCUUCUGUGGCAUCAUAAAGCACCUUUUUUUAUGUUCAUAGACAGUAAAGAUGUUUUUGUUCAUAUAUAUCAGUGGUUCUCAAACUUUUUCAGCGUGCGGCCCCCCUUGUAUAUGGUGCAUUCCUUCGCAGCCCCCCCAAUUUUUUUUUAUAACAAAUUUGUUCUAAAACGUAACAUUUUAAUAAGACAAAAUAUAUUAAAGUAUACAAAGUAGUGCUGUUGGUUAGUAGUCUUAUUUUUUUUAGGUUUAAUUACACAGAAUUCAUGAUAAAUUAAUGUAUUUUAUGAAAUGUCAUAAAACUGGGGCCCCCCUGGCACCAUCUCGCGGCCCCCCUGGGGGCCCCGGCCCCCAGUUUGAGAACCACUGAUAUAUAUACUCUCUUAAAAAAAAAUUCUGGCUGUGUGGUUCCAUAAAGAAUCUUUAACAUUCACCAAAUCUUUCAGUUCGUUGCAGUGAAAAAGAUUUUACAGACUUUAAAAUGGAAAUGGUUCUUUGGGGAACCAAAAAUAAUUCUUAUAUGACAUCACUGCGAUCACCACCUUUAUUUUUAAGAGUGUAUAUAUAUAUUCACAGUAAUUGAAUUGAAUAAAGGUGAUGACCUUGUGUUUACAGUACAGUAUGACAAAAAUAAUUGACAGUAUAUUUUACAAUAAACAUGCAUUGAUUAUAUUCACAAUUGCUUGCAAUAAUAAAAGAAACAUGGUCAGAAUUGGAGAUCCUGUUGUACACUGGCAUGACUUUAUUAUGCAAUGUGUGUGUACUUGAUUGUUAUUUUGUAUUUGUUUGUGAUGAGAGAUUAUUUGCUGAACACUGUAACUGCACCGUAUGUUAAACAUCUAAUACACAAUUGACUGUUUAAUGAAUGUCUACGAGAGAAAAGCAAGAUAUGCAGAUGAAUCAGGAUUGUCUUUGUGGCCAUUCUAUGUUUGGAAUAAUUUUGCAUCCAAUUGUCUCGUUGUUGAAUGUAUGAGCUUUCCACCUUAAAUCCUUUGAGUUUUUUAUUGAAUGUCAGGUUUGUUGUAUUCGUGUGCUUAUUUCUGAUACGUUCAACAGCCUCGGACUGUGUGCUGCUGCCUAUAGGAAUAUUCGUCCGCUUCUAUGUGUUGUACUUUGUGAUAGGACCAAUGUAGAAUAACGUCUCAAUGUGUCUUCUGUGACCGUGAAUUAAAACUGCAGGGUUUUCUUCUCUGCAGAGCAAGCAACAAAAUCCCAGUCUUCCCUGGGACACUGUGGACGCCAGUGUGAUUUUUCCAUUUGUUGUAUUCUAAUAUUGGACCAUAUCAUCACCAAGACCUUUCCAAUGCAAUACUGCCAACAUCUCGGCUUACUAACAUACUCUAACCCCUCGAUUCAUUCGCCGUGUAAACCUUUCCAAAGAACCAACCCUUCUUGUUUCGUUUGUCCUGUGUGGAGAUUCCCAUGUUGUCAAAUCCUUUUGUGGAUGCUUUGGCAUGCUUUAAAUUCCCUGAACAAAUGAACACAUUGGCCAGCGAAGAAAAAAAAUGAAAGCCUUUCUUGUGGCAACUCUUGCAGCUUCUUGUCAUCCUGUACAUGUGAAACCUCAACGAAGCCAACCGGUAAAACAUCUACAUGCAGAUUUAACAAUGAGUUAUCAAUUAGUUAAUCAUAGGAAAUAAAGAUCUUUUAAAUAUA